AUGCCCUCGGUUGAAGAAGUCGCCUCGAAGUUCGACACCAUCUUGGUGCUCGACUUUGGUCUGCAAUACUCCCACUUGAUCACGAGAAGAUUGCGUGAGUUCAAUGUCUACGCCGAAAUGUUGCCCUGCACCCAAAAGAUUGCUGAGCUCAAGUUCAAGCCCACCGGUGUCAUUCUUUCCGGUGGUCCUUACUCGGUGUACGCUGACGAUGCCCCCCACGUCGACCACGACGUGUUCAAGUUGGGCGUUCCCAUUAUGGGGAUCUGCUACGGGAUGCAGGAGUUGGCCUGGAUCAACGGUAAGGGUGUUGCCCGGGGCGACAAGCGCGAGUACGGUCCCGCCACCUUGCAAAUCAAGGACGCCAACUGCCCCUUGUUUGAAGGCAUGACCAAUUCGACCGUGUGGAUGUCGCACGGCGACAAGUUGCACGACUUGCCCAAGGGGUACGAGAUCGUCGCCGUUUCCGACAACUCGCCCUACUGUGCCAUUUACAACAAGACCGACAACAUCUACGGGAUCCAGUUCCACCCCGAAGUCACUCACUCGGUCGAGGGGAAGACGUUGUUGAGAAACUUCGCCAUCAACAUCUGCCACGCUAAGAACGACUGGUCGAUGGAGAACUUUGUCGACACGGAAAUCCAACGGGUGCGGGCGCUUGUCGGCCCCACUGCCGAAGUCAUCGGUGCCGUGUCCGGUGGUGUUGACUCCACCGUCGCCGCCAAGAUCAUGAAGGAGGCCAUUGGCGACAGAUUCCACGCCAUCUAUGUCGACAACGGGGUGAUGAGAUUGAACGAAACCGAACAGGUGAAGAAGACCCUCGACGAAGGUUUGGGGAUCAACUUGGUUGUCGUCGACGCCUCGGAAAGAUUCUUGGGCAAGCUCAAGGGCGUCACCGACCCUGAGAAGAAGCGGAAGAUCAUCGGUAACGAGUUCAUCCACGUGUUCGAAGAAGAGGCCGCCAAGAUCCAACCCAAGGACGGCUCGGAAAUUGAAUUCCUCUUGCAAGGUACUCUCUACCCCGAUGUCAUUGAACUGAUCUCGUUCAAGGGCCCUUCGCAAACCAUCAAGACCCACCACAACGUCGGUGGUCUUUUGGACAACAUGAAGCUCAAGUUGAUCGAACCUCUCCGUGAAUUGUUCAAGGACGAAGUGCGCCACUUGGGUGAGCUCUUGGGCGUUCCCGAGGACUUGGUGUGGAGACACCCCUUCCCCGGUCCCGGUUUGGCCAUCAGAGUGUUGGGCGAAGUCACCGCCGCCCAAGUGAAGAUUGCUCGUGAGGCCGACGCCAUCUUCAUCCAGGAAAUUAAGGACGCCGGUUUGUACCGUCAAAUCUCGCAAGCGUUCGCCGCGUUGUUGCCGGUGAAGUCGGUGGGUGUCAUGGGUGACCAACGUACCUACGAACAAGUGAUCGCUUUGAGAGCCAUUGAGACCGUCGACUUCAUGACCGCCGACUGGUUUGUGUUUGACGCCGCCUUCCUCAAGCGGGUGGCGCUGAGAAUCGUCAACGAAGUCGACGGCGUCGCCAGAGUCACCUACGACAUCACCUCGAAGCCUCCCGCCACCGUCGAAUGGGAAUAG